AUGGUCAGAAUCAAAUUUACCGGCCCACCAACGGCGGUCCGGCCGCAGCAUGCUCAGGCUCGCGCCGACUUGCUUUCAGACAAAAUAACUGCUGCGUCCUCUCCGCCAGUCGAACCACAAACUGCGGCAAGUGCCCUGACAAAUGUGAGUCCGGAGGAUGGCCUCGUUAUGCAGCAGCAGCAAAGCCUGGAGAUGGUGAAGAUCAUGCUCCAUGUAUCCAUCGGAACUUUGUUUUAUCUACGAGAGUUUUUACCGCUGCAAUGUUUCGAUGAUCGCGAUCUUAAAACGGCGCAACGGCAGCAGAAGUUCUCAUAUCGGGAGUUCAUCGAUAACGACUUCAACACCAGUGACCCUAACAGGAUUGCCAAUGGCACAUUUGGAACAGGCAAGAGAGGGCAGCCGUUAAAGAUCAUUAUCCGCAACUCCGAACCGAAGGCCGACAUGAUCCUCAAUGUUUUGGAAAUGGGUAUUUUUGACGCACUUAGCAAAAGUGUGCUGGAGGCGAUCCAACUUACCAUCAUUGCGGACAAAGAGGCACCCGAAAAUGUGCUUGAGUCAUAUACCUUCUCAUUCAGGUAUUCUGAAAAGUUAGGGGACUUGAGCAAACGCCUAGAAAGCCUAUCGAUACAGCCAUGUGGCUAUGUGGCUAAUAUGAAGUCUGCUUACACAGCCAGAGCAGGGCUAGAGAGCAUUGUUAGGCGCUUGAUAACCCUCAGCUCCUUUCUCCCUACUCUUCCGAAUAAACGUGCGCUUGGGGUCCAUCUAUUUUAUACCGAUGACUGCCCUCCUGAUUACGAGCCGCCUGGUUUUAGCGGUGCGAAAGAUGAUAUCAUAAAAUAUCCACUGACCGAACACUGGAUAAAAGAAUCUCAAGCUUGUGGUAGGAUGGAAAGCGGAUGGCAUACGCGCAGCGUUGGCCUCAAGGUGACUUCUCUCAAGUGGAUUGGACCAGAGCCGGAGGAAUCAGAGUCUAUACCACAGAUACCAGCUCACAUCGAAUAUACGGAUGCGGUGACCCGAGGUGAGGAUAUUGGAAUUGAGGAUGAAGAGAAUAAACUGCCAAGUUCCCAAAGCGAAGUCGGAACCUCGCAAGAGGCGACGCAGGACGUUGUUGAACGAGAAAGGCUACAGUCGAUGAUGCCUUCCCAGGAAGUGCAGUCUUCAAAUAUGGAUUUAACUUCGACGCAGCCCGUCAAGCCGUUGCUCACCACGGGAAACGGAGAUACUGAAACAAUAGGCAGUAUCGAGAAGUUUGUUCUUCGUGAAGAAAAAAUUGCGGAAUUGCGCGAGACUUCUAAAGCACAGAAAGUGAACGGUCAGGACCCGUUAGCUGUUAGAUGCCAGUGUGACUGGAAAGGAGAAGAGGAAGACAUGAUUAUGUGCAGUUUCUGCCAUACACGACAACACCGACUUUGCUACGGUUAUGUGGAAGCGUAUAAGUUUGGAGUUUCCGACGUGCACGCUUGUUAUCGAUGCUUGCUAGAACCGAGCGAAACCAAGAUCCUUGAGAGCUUGAACAAUGUAGUGCUAGCUCGAAGGGCUUUGACAUUGAUCUCAGAUGAAGGAAUUCCUAGUUCUAACAUGACAUUCGGCGAGAAAAUCCACUGCAGUGACAAGGCCGUUGCCCGACUAAAGGAGUUCCUAAAGAGGAAGGGAAUCUUUCAUUCUCCGCCUGGGUCCACGCCCAAGGAAAGCGUACGAAGAGGGCUGCCACCGUAUUGCAUUCCUGAUAAAGAGAGUGUCCGGAAAACGAUCAAGCAGGAUAUCAUGCAUCCCAUGGCGAAAAUUCAACACCAUUACGCAACACAAUAUGUCCCUCAACCCAUGGAGGCACUCAAUGCUCCCUUCAUUAGCGGAGCUGACGGCCUGGGCAAACUAAGUUCUCAGACGAAUGUCAUACCAGAGAGGAGCAACAGGAGAGAUGAACAACGAGCAAACGACCGCGACAGCUCCAUUGACUCACCUCAUCAAGCUUCCAGCUCUCAGCGUAGGACGAGAUCGUCCAAUGCCCAAGCCCUGCUCACGCCACAACCCGUCAAGGACACACCGGGACCGACGCGUAAGAGAACUAGGUCCUCCCAAAUCGGCCCUGAACCUCGCCCGAUCACUCCAUCGCAGUCAACAACCACUGACCUUGAGCGCGAAAGCGAGGGCCACCGACGCAGCGACCGUCAAAAGAGACGCAAAGUUAGCAAUUAUUCUAAUUUCAUUGACGUUGGCGCGGAGACAAGCGGAGACGAAUAA